AAUGGCAGCUAGGUAUGAUCUCAUCAAGUGUAUCAAUGCUGGUCCAGCGCAUAAGGUGUGGAAGCUCAAAGUACGUGUCAUUAGACUUUGGACCGUUUCUCAAUUUGCAAGAUCUGGGAUGAAGGCACCUAUUGAGAUGGUUGUCCUUGAUGAAGAGGGAGAUACAAUUCAAUGCACUGUAAAAGACAUAUUUGUUCCUAUUUUCGAGGGCUUACUCGCUGAGGGCAACGUGUACGUGGUCACUAAUUUUGGAGUUGCUUUGAAUACCAUCAAGUUCAAGCCUACUAGACACGAAUUUAGGAUCCAUUUCAAGAGGGACACGAUUGUGCGUCCGGUACAAGAUUCUUCAGUUCCAUUGAACGGAUUUAAUUUUGUUCCGUUCAAAACAAUACAAUCAGAGUCUAAAGAAGAUGGUUAUUUAGUUGGGGUGGACAGAAAUUAAGAGUAACGUUGUGGCAGUCUUUUGCUUUUGAAUUGCUCAAAUAUCUAGAGGAACACCCGUCUCUUACCUAUGUGGUUAUUCUCCAAAUGGGCAAGAUGAAAUUUUAUAGUGGUUUGUUUAUUUGUUUAUUUUACUGGUAUUUGAAUGCAUGUUUUCUGUCAUCAUAUGCUUAUGGUAUUUUCUUUGUUUUGUUAUGUCUUUUGUAGGGGUCAUGGGUGUAUCUAACACAAACUACAAUUCGAAACUGUUUAUCAAUGUUGAGUUUCCAGCUGCCAGGGAUUUCUUUGCGAGGGUGAACAAAUUGGAUCCUGUUGAUGGACAAGGCAUAAUGCCGCUGGUCUGUGGUCAACCUGUUUCAGAUGAGGAGGAUUUUUUGCGUCUGUCAGUCUACAAAACAAUUGCAGAUAUAAAGGAGCAUAAUCAGGAUGCUGUAUUUGUUACAGCCGGGACGAUUAAAGAAGUUGAGACUGAAUUUGGUUGGUGGUACAAAGGAUGUAAGAAGUGUCGUCGUGGCUUGAGGGAACUUGAUAAAAAAUAUUUCUGUCCCAAUUGCAUUAGAGACUACGGGUUCUAUGAGCCAAGGUAUGACUCACGAUACUUCUUCAACAUUCACACAUUAUAUACUCUUUGUCCUCGAA